GAUUUUGCAUUUCCAGGGAGGAGAACUGUUUGUAAACAAAACAGUUCUCCUCCCUGUCAGCUAGUACACACUGCUUUGCAUGGCUGUGCCCAGCACAGCUAUACAAAGCAGUGUGCUUACAGUGAAGCAAAAACACACUUCACCAUAGUAAAACACACCCAGCACACAGUUAACCCUUUGAUCGCCCCUCAUGUUAACCCCUUCCUGCCCAGUGCCAUUAGUACAGUGUCAGUGGUUUUUUUUUAGCACUGAUCACUGUAUUGGUGUCACUGGGGAUGUCAGUGACACCAAGUCAGUUCCCCCCAGUGUCAAAAUGCCCACCGUAGUCCCAC